AUGGAGUGUGGCAAGGCCCCAAGGUACCAGUGUCGGAUUUGCCAUGGGAAAUUCACUCACAAACACAACCUUGCCGCCCACAUGAAACUCCACAUCGAAGAGCCUAAAUACGCUUGUCUCAACUGCGAUAAAAAAUUCUAUCGCCGUGACAAGCUCGCGAAACAUUCUGCGACUCAUCAAGUGGCGGGUCAAGAGGUCAAGGACGAGAAGAAGAUAAGGGGAAAAAAUUACAAAGAAUAA